CUACUACAGCUCACGCUUCUUCCCGCUGCGGCACUUGAACUUGUUCUUCCCGGCGCCCAGCGACGUCUUCUUGUCGAGGGGGAUCGCGGUAAGAUCCGUCUGCGCGACCUGGCAGCCGACGUUCCCGCCGCAGUACAAAUUGUAGAGGUUGCAGUAGUUCGUGCUCCGGUCGAUGACCGACGUGACCUGCGACACGGAGCAGCCCGACACCUCACAGUCGUCGCCGCCGUCGGCGUUCUCGAACAUGAACUGAAGCUUGUCCGUGUAUUUCCCGUCGCCCGUCACGUGAUCCGCCGCGACCUGCGCGUAAAUCAACCAGUGAUUCGGGUUUCGCGACGGCUUUGAUUUAUGCACUGGCGGCGACGACGUCGCCGACGGACGACGUCAGUUCGUAGGUCCCGGCGUUGUGCGGGUCCACCCACCCAUUCUUGCCAGCGAUGCGGGCGAGCACCUCGUUUUUCACGGUCUUGCAGGGGGCAUCAAACCUCACGGUCGUGCGCGCCCAGGCGUGAAUGACCGCAUCCGACUCGGGACAUACAUCGAACCAGCGCUCGACGGCCGCCGCCCCGCUCGCUAUGUACACGAGCGUGGUGAGGAGUUGCAUUGCUAGCUGCCACUUAACCAAAAGAUUCGCACGCGUGCCGCACCGCACGUGCCGCACCGAUGCGUUGCGCAACCGCGCGCUCGUCAAGUGUCACGUGCUCACAGCCGUA